AUGCGUGGGAGAAUUGAGCUCAAUCAGCUCAUAAUGGAGGGAGAUUUGCAUUUGGAAGAUGCUGCCAUGCACAAUAAAAGAAUGUGCAAGAAGAUUGCGGACCUUAUUAAGGUCAUAGACAAGCUCUUCAGAGAGUUUUAUGAGCAAGGGAUCCUCUACCAGGCACUGAAGGACAAAGAAGAGUUUAAAAGUGCAGAGAAAAAGAAGGCCGAGGUAGUAGCUACAAGCCUCAAGUUAGAAAAUGAGAGACUACAAGGAAGAGUGGAGGGGCUGGAGAGGGAGUUAGAGUCCUUGAAGAAUAGCAAAAUUGACAAUGAGAGAGAAAUACAGGAAUUGCAAGAUAGGCUAAAGGCAGUAAUGGAAGAAAUGACACUGAAUGAGACAAAUAUGGACAAAGAGAUAAAUCACUUGAAAAGAAGACUAGAAGAAAGCCUCACAGCUGCAAAUUCAAAAGAAUGCACCUCCUGUAGUGAGUACUCAGUAAAAAUAAAUGAACUACAAAAAGAGACUAAAAACCAUUUAGACAAAAUUGAAGAAAUAAAGAAAGACAAUACUGUACUUAAAAGCAGCAAGAUAAAAUUAGAGGAGAAACUGACAAAUACCUCAGACGAGAUAAAGGCUUUGAAAGAAGAGGCUACUACUCGUGUGUCCUUGUUAAACACAUAUGAAAUGGAUAAUGAAGAGCUAAGAACUAACGUGCAUGAACUUCGAGUCAAAUUGAAGCAUGUUCAAAGUACCAAAUCAAAGGCUGCAUCUCAAUCAUCCGACCGAUUGUAUUCAAGACAAAGAAAAGAGAGAGAAUAUUGGUUAGAGACACCACAAUACAAAGGCAAAGAAGGCAGCAGUAGCGAGAUAGAGUAUUUGAAACAAGAAAUCCAGAAAUACAAAAUGGAGCUCAUUAACAGAGAAACAAACUUUAACAAAGUAUUUACAAGCACUUCGCUCCCAUUGAGGUCAAAGCAUCAUCAAUCACCCUCUCUUCCCUUUCCUUCACAUGAAGGAGAAGCCAGAAUUGGCCGUGCAUCAUUAAAGGGAAGUGGCGAUGUACAGCUGCCAAAGUUGAGUUCACACCGACUUGGAAAGAGUUUAAUCUGAAAAGGGAGUUGGACAUCUUUAUAGUCUGUGAUGAUAGUCUCCUACCUUAUGUCCACUGAUUAGUUUAUUUAAAAUACUAUCCUAAAA